AUGACGACUACGCUCGUGGGCAAGAUCGUUGAAGUGCUUCGUCAGCGAUCCAAAACGCCGCUCAGCUUCGAAGAAAUCCUCGCACAGAUCGGCGACGGCUUCGACGAGCUCCGCAAAACCGACGGGACCAAGUACAAAGGCGACCGCACCAAGGCGUUGAACGGCGCGCUCUUCUCGACGGGGAUCUUCCGCCACACGGGAUCGAAGUGGACGCUGCGGCAAGACGAGUUGGUGCAGUACCAGCAGCGGUUCCAGCAGCGUGUGGAGACGCGAGGGCGGCGGCGGAAGCUGGCGGAGAAUGGGGGCGAGCCGGCGCCGAAGCGGAAGUACACGCGGCGGCAGAUCAAGCGGAGCACGGUGGUGAAGAUGCUGAAAGCGGCGUCGGAGCGACUGCGGAUGAGUUCGCGCGAUCAGAACAUGGUGAUGUUCAAGAAUCCCUUCCAGGGAUUGACGGGGAGCGAGGAGCUGCUGAAGCUGCGGAAGAAGCUGGGGGAGGAGAAGUUUGAGAUGGCGAUUCAGAUGUAUAACUAUUUUGAGGACGUGCUGGGGAAGCUGGCGGUGGAGGGGGAGGGAGCGAGCGCGACGACGAACGACGAGCAGACGAACCACCUCAUCGACCAGCUGCAGCAGGAAGUGUACGAGCUGCGAAGCCGAUUGAUGGUGCUGGAGAAGCUGAGCGGAGUGACGACGGAUAUUUCUCUGUGGCUUGUUUGUGGAACACAGGAGAGUGAUGGUGGAGAAGGGUGCAGGGCAAUGGUGUAA